AUGUCGAUAGAAGCUCAGAAUCCUGUGUCUGGUACAACAGCAAGCCCACGAGCGCGAUGGAAGUACCUGGACAACAUCUUGACACGAAGCGGGCCGUUCACGGAUCCUGAUGCGUUCAUGCCGGGCGAGACUGUCAUCGAGAGCUUGAGCAGAGCCAAAGUACUCCUCAGUGGAGCCGGCGGUCUUGGAUGUGAGAUUCUCAAGAACCUAGCACUUUCUGGCUUCAAAGAUAUCCACGUGAUUGAUAUGGACACCAUCGAUGUCAGCAACCUGAACCGACAAUUCCUCUUCCGCCAGGCAGAUGUUGGCAGCUACAAAGCCGAGGUCGCAGCUCGCUUCGUCGAGAAGCGCGUCAAGGGUGUCAAGAUUACACCUUAUUGCGGCAAGAUUCAAGACAAGGAUGAAGCGUACUACAUGCAGUUCGCCAUGAUAGUAUGCGGUUUGGACAGCAUCGAGGCCCGUCGAUGGAUCAAUGCGACACUUGUCGGCAUGGUAGAUGAGAACGACCCAGACUCUCUGAAGCCGUUGGUAGAUGGUGGUACUGAAGGCUUCAAGGGCCAGGCGAGGGUUAUUCUGCCCACAAUGACCAGCUGUAUCGAGUGCCAGCUCGACAUGCACGCUCCACGUGCUGCUGUCCCACUCUGCACACUUGCGACCAUCCCCCGUCAACCACAGCACUGCAUCGAGUGGGCGCACAUCAUUGCAUGGGAGGAGGAGCGCAAAGAGAUCACGCUCGAUAACGACGACCCGGAGCACAUCACCUGGCUGUUCCAGAAGGCCCUCAAGCGCGCUCAAGAGUUCAAUAUUGAAGGUGUCACAUACUCGAUGACACAGGGUGUGGUGAAGAACAUCAUCCCAGCUAUCGCUUCGACAAACGCCAUCGUCGCUGCAAGCUGCUGCAACGAGGCGUUCAAGAUCGCGACAAACACAAAUCCCUUCCUCGGUUACCCAGAGACCGCAAACUACAUGAUGUACACUGGCGACGACAGCGUCUAUACAUACACGUUUGAACACCAAAAGAAGGACGACUGCCCUGUCUGCGGCGCUGGUAACAUCGCACGACCACUGCCAGUCAAUCCCAACAUCACACUGCAAGAGUUCAUUGAUGGACUAGCGGAGAGGCCUGAAGCUCAGCUCAAGAAGCCUUCGAUCCGCACCGGUGAAAAGUCGCUGUACAUGCAAAUGGCUGGCCUAGAAGAGCAGACUCGUCCCAAUCUUGAGAAGAAGCUGAGCGAUCUGGUUGAGGACGGCGAGGAAAUCCUCCUCACCGACAAGUCGUUCCCAACGCAGUUCAAGUACAAGCUGGUGUACCAGAAAUAGGCUGCUGGUAACCUAUCCAUUCGACCGGCUCAAGACCAGGUUGACACUUGACUCUGACCGAGAGGGGUCGACAGAGCACACAAUAACAGCACGCAUCAUACGUAGCGCAACGACAGCCGGCGUAUCCUUGCAUAUAUAUGAAGCGACUUAGCGUACAUAUGCUCAAUAUAACACCAAGCUUGAC